AUGAGACCCCUCCGUUUGCCUUCCACGGCAGCGGGUUCGCUCCGCACAGCUUCAAACAGCCACCGCAAUGGUACAGCUCAGCAAGAGUUCGCGCCCACACCACAAAAACCACGAGCAUCCAAUCAAACGCCCCGCCAAAGCCAAAUCUGGCCAAAACACGCCUCCUUUGAUCUCUCCACGCACCACAUCUCCAAACCUGGCCUCCCCGGCGGAACGGCCCCCAAAAGCUUUCGCCUGCUUGCAACACCAAACCAAAAGAAGGAAAAGAAAGGGACAGACGUUUCAACCAUGGCGCUGAAGGACAGGAAAGGCGGCGCCAUACCCAAGCAGGUAGCCAAGUCUUCCCAUGCGGCAGCAGGCGGCGGCCCAUCCACGACCAUGGUGCAGGGCGCGUCCAUCCUCAUCAUCCUGCAGCUCCUCUCGCGCCUCAUCACCUUUGUCGCCAACCAGCUGCUGGUGCGGUACCUGACGGCGCCGCUGCUCGGGCUGUCGACGCAGCUCGAGGUGUACUACCUGUCGGUGCUCUUCUUUGCGCGCGAGAGCCUGCGCGUGGCCAUCCAGCGGCAGGGCAGCAUCAGCGACGGCGGUAGCGGCGUCAAGGCGCCGCCGCCGCCGCCAGAGGACGAAGCCGCGAGCAAGGAAACGGCAAUGGAAAAAAUCACCGCGAAAAAGACGACGACGACGACGACGACGCCAAUGGACCCCGUCGAGUGCCAGGCCCUCAUCAACCUCGGCUACGUGUCCAUCGCGCUCGGCACCGUCACCAGCCUCGCGCUCGGGUGCAUGUACCUCGCGUACGCGAACCCGGCGACGCGCGCGACCCCGUACAUGGCGCUGUCGCUGCAGGUCUACGGGCUCGCCGCCAUGGUGGAGCUGCUGUCGGAGCCGUGCUUCGUGCUGCUGCAGUCGGCCAUGCUGCUGCGCACCCGCGCCGCCGCCGAGUCUGUCGGCGCGUGCGCGCGCUGCCUCGUCGUCUUCGUGGUCGCCGCCCACGCCGCCCGCCGCGGCCGGGACGUCGGCGUCAUGCCCUGGGCGCUCGGCCAGCUCGCCUACGGCGCCGCGCUCGUCGUCGUCUACGUCUCGUCCGGGUGGCGCAUCGGCGCCCGCGUCGGCUACUCGCUGCUGCCGCGCCGCAUCCAACAACAACACACCGACACCUCCUCCUCCUCCUCCUUCUUCCUCGCCCGCUUCUACCAGCCCACCAUUCGCCUCGCCGGCAGCAUGAUGGCGCAGAGCCUCGUCAAGCACCUCCUGACCCAGGGCGACACGUUUCUCAUCUCCCUGCUCGCCUCGCCCGCCGUUCAGGGCUCGUACGCGCUCGCCAACAACUACGGCGGGCUGCUCGCGCGCCUCCUGUUUCAGCCGCUUGAGGAGUCGACGCGCACGUACUUUUCCAAGCUGCUCGUCAAGCCGGAAAAGACGCCGUCGGCGGUCCGCGAGGCCAACAAGAGCCUUCACACGCUCCUGCGACUGUAUUUGCUCUUGUCUGGCUUCGUCGUCAGCAUUGGGCCUUUUGCUGCGCCACCGGUACUGCGCUUCAUUGUUGGAAGGCGCUGGGAUGGCUCCGGUGCGGGCGACGUGCUCGCAAUGUACUGCCUCUAUGUGCCCUUCUUGGCCGUCAAUGGCCUGACGGAGGCUUUUGUUGCCAGUGUUGCCACCGAGGCCGAGGUCCACCGGCAGUCAGUCUGGAUGGGCUUCUUCUCUGCCAUGUUUGCGGGCUCGGCGUAUCUAUUCAUGGGCGUCCUGGGGCUUGGAGCUCAGGGCCUCGUCUAUGCCAACAUUGUGAAUAUGUUUUGCCGCAUCCUCUGGAGCCUCCUUUUCAUCAAACGAUAUUUUACGCGCUACAACGAUAACUUUUCUGUGCGCAAAAUUAUCCCCGACGAGACCAUUGCCGUCUCCGUCUCUACAUUCGCCGGCCUAUAUCAAACCGGCAUAGUCAAGGACAUCGACAAGACACCCAUUACCGCCAUCAUCAUGAUCGAUGAAAUUGACACAAAUAUUAAUAGAUUGUUCAUGGAAAAGGACUUUCUCCUCCAAUGCGUCGACUCUCUCGGCGAACCUCCUAAAGAAGGAGAUAAGGAGGGCUCCAAAGAAGUUUCCAAGGAAAUCUCCGAGGAUAGCUCCAAGGAUGGUGCUAAGGACUCUAACAAGAGCUCUAAGAAAUAA